AUGAUGGUGCUGUGGAUUACUUUGCUUUCUCUUCAUCAAGGAUAUUCUGUGGUUCAAGUGAAAACCGUUCAGCUUGGUGAACCAGCAACCUUAACAUGUGCUUUACCCAAUAAAGAGCUCAGCAGUCUAGAAGUCCACUGGUACAAGCAGAGUAUCGGGGAUGAUCUUAAACUGAUUUUGACAAUGUAUGGAACUAGAGCACCUCAGUAUCGUCAAGAAAUAUUUAGAUCAAGAGUUAAGGCAUUUAAUGCUAAAAAUUUUAGCAACCUGACCAUUUUAAAGACAGUCCAAGAGGAUGAAGGAAUCUAUCACUGUGGAAUCAUAGAAUGGCUUAAUCCUGAAUGGAGUGCGACAUAUUUGCUCGUCAACGGAAACACUCAGAAGACAUCAAACUAUAGUGUUGUCCAGUGGCCAACAGUAUCAGAUCGAGUUCGUCCCGGAGACACAACAGCUCUCCAAUGCUUGGUCCUCUCUGACUCUGGAAACCAGACCAGUACAGGAGACCAUGAUGUCUUCUGGUUCAGAGUCGGAGCAGAUAAAUCUCACCCAAGCAUCAUCUACACUGACAGAAAUAAACAUGGAUGUGAAAAAAGAUCUGACCUUCAGAAUAGAUGUGUUUAUCGUUUCUCUAAGAGCAUGAACUCCUCUGAUGCUGGGACUUACUACUGUGCUGUGGCCACAUGUGGGGAGAUAUUAUUUGGAAACGGAACUGAACUGAAACUUGAGAGAAAAACAGAGUCAACAUUUAUUCAGCUGGCCAUAUUACUACUCUGUUUGGCUAUUUCUGUCAUUGGAAAUGUCUUCCUCAUCUGCAACCGAAGAGUAUGUGUACAAAAUAAAGUUUUGUUGAUAGUUUUCAUGAAGGGUCACAAUCAAUAA